AUUACUCAUACUUUAUCACGUGACAUUUGGCGAGAACGUAUCAAAACAAAUAUGGCGCUGUCACCGAGUUGUCUGUCUACCGGCCCAUGUGAGGAUAGUUUGGACAGGUGUACAUGGCCAUGUGACAGAUGUUUUUGAGAUUUCACUGGGGUCAAAUUGUCUAUUGAUGACACUUCUGACUACAUGCUGCAGGUUUGCCUUCUAUCACAUUGACCCAGGUAAAUACUCAAUCUGUUGAAAUGGCCAACCUAGAUUCAUGUAAAGGUGUUGACUCUCAAAGUGAUUCAUUGGACAAACAACCUUCAAAAUCGAAAAAGAGUUCUAAUGGAAGGAGGGUUCUGCAAAGAUCUGAUGAAAUUGACCAAGAUGUUUUACAGGAUGACAAGCGUUACGGCAGUGUCCCAGACCUGGUCACCAUGGCCAGUUCACAGCAACACACACCAACAAAAUUAUAUCUUUCCAAGAGUAAUGAUGACAAACUGCCAGACCUGGUCAGUCCCGUUAAUUCCCCAAGUGAUUACUUCAGAGGGAAUGAUAACUCUAAGGAAGUAGCAGUUCAAGACAGUAGAGAGAAAAGUGGUAUAUUAAAAAGGACGCCUUCCUCACAAGCUCCUGAAUUUCAACAAGUUCCUUAUUACAGGAAUGUUAGUUUUCAAGAAACAGAAAAUCAGAGGGAUGAUAUUCCUAAUGAAGACGAAGUAAAAACCCGCCGUCGAAGCUAUAAAGAUUCAGGGUAUGGGUCAGAUGGGAGUAAGAACAACUCCAUGGGCUCACAAACUCAGGAGGGAGAUGUAUUUGAUGUAGAAGAACAUACAUUGAAGGUUCUCCAAGAAAAGAUGAACUCCAACACAAAUGGUGAAGUUUUACCAAACAUUGGUAAAGUUUUACCAAACAUUGGUAAAGUUUUACCGAACCUUAGUAUCAUGUCAUCAGUGACACCCACCAAUUCAUUACCCUCUCCCUCUAGUGUGGAGAGUGGCUCUACUGUCUCGGGAGACACCACAAAGCACAACUCUGAAGGUGAAAAUAUUUCACAGAAACAGUCAUCUUGCACCCCACCUACAAAUUUUUCACCAAAAGAAGGGUCAAAUAUGCCAUGCCUGUCUAUGUUUGGUGAUGAGGAAAGUGAGGAGAGUAUCGCUGGCAAUAUUCCACUUGUAAGUAUGUUAUACUGUACACAAUCUAGAGAUGACCUGAAGCCCUCAAUGAACUAUGUCAACAAGAAUGGUAGCAUGCCAAGCAAUGUGAGUGCUAGCACAGGCAAUGACAGUAGUGUGUGCCUCCCCAGUGACAUCUCGGGCAUGUCUGAUCCCAGCUUUCAAACCCCAUCCUACCGCCACGUUUAUAAACAUUAUUUGAGUGAUGGUCAGCCCAUCUCCAACAACAUGGAGUCGCAGGCACCCAGGACUAGUGAGGAAGCAGACACACUUCCAAUAUCUCCAUUAAGUAUGCUCUUACAGAUGAUACAAAAUGAUGGGUCACUUUUAGAGAGGUGUAUGGAGGACCCCUCUGACUUUCUGAAGAUGCUUGAUUUUUAUAAGCAAUCAAGUACACCCUCACCAUACCAACUGAACCAAGAAAGGCCACACCAACAUUAUGAGGUGAUAUCUGCCAGUGAUUUGGAGUAUAUUUCCCGGUGCCGGGAUAGUUCCUGCUCUGACCCCAAAUGUAACAAGUUGCGUGAAGCUGUAUUAGGCCUGACUCAGGCAUUGGCUAGCCGCUGGUCACUGGAGUGUAAUACGACCAUCCACCAGGUUGGUCAGGCCCUGUACCAUCAUGCCAAGGGAUGUGGUCACCACCUAUAUAAGUGUGACGUACACAUGUGUCACCUUCUACGCAGUUUUACUGAUGGUAUUGAGGAAGUGUCCCAAUUCCUGCAUUGCAACAGUUUGCCGUCGCUCAAUCUUGGCCAAAAGUUUACUGGAUAUCUAGCCAAGGGAGGGUUUAUAAAGCUUACCCCCCCUGGCGCCGCUAACGCUGUGCCUAAUCCUGACCUCAUCCUCAUCACCACCUUUGGCAGCUUUGGUAACGUGGCCCUGUUCACUGAGGAGGAAACUCAAACGGACAGCAAAGACCGGAUAUUGAAGCGUAUUUUUAAGAAAGACAGGGGAAAGGAUAACUUGGUGGAAGUGUACAGGAAGCUUAGUUGUGAAGGGCACCAUCACAUCACUCCCCACAUGUGGGUCCACGACACUGCUGACUACCUGUAUGUGUGUACAGAAUUCAUCUGUGGUGGCACACUGGAAGAGUAUCGAGACUUACACAUUUUUCUGCAACCAGACGAAGCUACAUUUAUAAUGCAGCAAUUACUCAACGCUCUGACAUUCCUUCAUGAAAAACAGAUCAUUUACCUGUACUGGACAGCAUCAAAUAUGCUGUUUAAGGAUACAAGUCGUAGGCAGGUGUACCUGUCUAACCUUUCCAUGUCGGUCAUCAAAACCACCAGUGUCGAUGUCAAAUUCCACAAGUCUUCACUUCCAGCCUGCAUUGUACCUCCUGAGAUUGUGACCUGUGACUGUGACCUUGCCCUAGAUGAGAGGUCAGACGUGUGGGGUGCUGGUUGUCUGUAUGCAGAGAUGUUGACUGGAAAGCAGAUGUGGCAAGACUUAAGACAUUCCAGUAGGGAGGCUGUAUUUAAGGAGAUGGCGAAUGGUGUGAGCAAAAUGCUGUGCGCGACUAAAGACACUGUACCACCCCAUCUGAGAAGUCUGCUGACGGACCACUGCUGGCAGCACAAUGUAGAAGACAGGAUAACAGUGGCAGCUCUCCAGGAAAAACUUGCUCAUCUUAAUCAGUCUACAGUCUCAACUUUGUCUUCUCCAUAAUAACUCAUACUGACCAGUUCUAGUGUUUGACAUACCCUCAGUUACUUCUGCGCAUGAGAGACAUCUGCAGAACACAGCUUGAACAUAUGAAGCCAUCCGAAGAAAAUGUGCCAUAAUAACUUGAUCAAAAUGUUUUUUUAAAUACUUAUAUCUAUUGUUCUUAAGUGCUUUUAGAUAAAUUGCAAUUAUAUGUUGUCUGAAUUGAUAUGUGUAUUUAACUGAUGUUAAUAUUAUAGUAUAAAUGGCAUUUAUAUUUUAUCAUGUUGAUGGUUCCCUGUCUUACUACAACAUGGAAUGCUUUUGUAAAUCAACGCAUUUAGCUGUAUACUGCAUGUCCAGUAUGGAUCUGUUAUAGAACUAAUGUCCAGAUAAUUAGUAGUGUUUGAUUGUACCGGUCAAAUCUAGUAUCUGGGCUCAAGUGUCACGAUCGCUAAACCUUUUUUCUAGUGCUUAAGAUCUCAUAAUCUUAUGAAAAUCUCACACUUUUAUGCACUUCUUGAAAAUCGUGAUUCAAUAUCUAGUCACCAGAAAUUCGGGCAAUGUGAGAGGCAACGAAGACAAUGAUAAUGGGCUAGUUAUCCCAUGUCAGUCACUAUACCUGCUGGUCGAUCAGGCAUAUGAGGGACUUGCUACCUGGACACUAACGAUAAAUAAGUGCCAGGGCAAGAGUAAGACAAUUAAACUUACCUGUCACUGUCAGCUGUUGAGGUAAUACACAACAUCCUCGUGUUAUAGACUAACACCCGAUACUGUCAAUAACUGUCACAAUCAUUUAUUCUUGUUAAUUAGAAACAUUAGGUAUAGGCCUAUAUUCACACUGCCAACAUAUGUUGAAUAAAUAAUAUUAUGGUUUAUAAUUAACAUUAAACGUUAAAAAAAAAUCAAACAUACCCACUUUUUUAUCAAUCAAAAUAAUUUGGGUGCAUUUCAAAUGUCAAAAUUGUUAAAAUUGCACAAGCAAUCACACUUUUGAAAGAUAGGUGUGUCUUUUAAUCAGUCUAGGUGCAAAAUCUUGACACAAUUUCUGAAAAGUUAUGCAAAGAUGGUGUCAAAAUAUUUGAUUUUUGGAGUGCUUAUCCAACAAAUUUGUCUUCAGGUCAGGGUGAAAAAGGUAUGCUUGUUACAUGAUGAUGUUUUAUUGAUCGACUCCUGAGUAUUUUAACAUGCUGUCUUAUUCAACAUAAUGAUGGAAUCCCAUUUUUGUCAUGAAAACUACCUUAAACCUGUGUCUUCCGACAAUAUCUCAAAUGAUGGGAACCCAUUUCUUGCAUGAAUAUUACCAAAUAACACGUAUUCUGACAUGCUGUCUUAUCUGACCAGCAUGUGCUGUACCACAGGAUGUCAGAUUGGACAGGUUCCACUGUAUAUUGAAAUCUUAUCUGAGACUGUCCCAUAAUUAUGUGGUAUAGAAAUAUGUUGUAGUGUUCAGAGAAAUAUUGUCUGUUGCACAUUUACUGGUUAAUGACUUUUGACUCAUAUCCUGAUUAUGUGGCAAAGAUAUGCGUUGUGUUGUACAGAGAAAUGUCUGUCACAUAGUUAUACGACUCGUACCUUGAUUAUGUGGUAGAGAUAUAUGUACAGAGAAAUAUUUCUAUUACCUGGGUAUAUAAUGAUGACUUUUGACUCUUACCUUGAUUAUGUGGUAGAGAUAUAUGUACAGAGAAAUAUUGUCUAUUACCUGGGUAUUAUGAUUAUGUGGUAGAGAUAUAUGUACAGAGAAAUAUUGUCUAUUACCUGGGUAUAAAACAGAGAAAUAUUGUCUGUUAUGUAAUUAUGUGAUAUUAUAAUGUACAUACAUAUGG